UUCCGGUAUAUGAAUAUUGAAAACUCAAGCUGUGCAAGUUGGAUGGAUGGAGGUUGGACUUCUUACUAACUUACUACUUAUUUAGAUCGUCAACUUCUCACGAGGGCAAUGUUCAUUUAACACUACAGGAGGCUUAGACUCAGUAACUUAGACUCUCCAAGAGCUUGAGGAACAGAAAGCCAGAAAUGUUUGAAAUCGUCGUCAAGUUUGGCGGGUACAGUCGCACCGUAGCGGUAGAACCUGCGUGGACCGUCGGACGCUUGAAAAGUGAAAUUGCCCGUUACCAUAGCGAUGAAGAUUUGAAACCAUCCGACAUUGCUGUCAUAUUCUGUGGGAAACAAUUGGAUGAUGGAUUGAAAUUGCAGGACUGUCAGCUGCAAGAAUACAGCACAUUGUUUGCAGCAAGGAAACAAUCGUCAAGGAGAAGGGACAACGAUGCGUUGAGCCAGCUCAAAGCUGAGGCACCACCAGAGGGAGGACAAGAAGGGUAUAGCUCCCUUGAUGCUCACAUCGCUGAUCUUGAACCACAAGGUGAUCAAGAGCUAAUGAAGAAUGAGGCUGCCAGGAGAUUGAAACCCCAGCUCUACGUGUACUGCAAGUCUCCUUGCCGCUCAGUUCAGCCAGGAAAGCUCCGAGUUUGCUGCAGGACAUGCAAGGGGGGAACGUUUGUUGUCCAACAGGAUCCGUCUUGCUGGGAUGACGUCUUGACACCGGUCAAGAUCUCAGGAGCUUGCCAAUCCGACGGAUGUCCAGGAACAAUUGCUGAGUUUUAUUUCAAAUGCGGCACUCAUCCUACUUCCGACAACCACAGAUCUGUUGCUCUGUACCUCAUCAAAUGCAACACAAGGGAUGUAGUCUGCUUCAUCUGUGAAGAUAUUCGCAAUCCAGUGCUGGUCUUUCCUUGUGCGAGCCGUCAUACUGUCUGCCUAGACUGUUUCACAUCCUACUGUCAAGUCAAACUUGAUGAGAGAGGCUUCACAGCCGAUGAAGAGCUGGGCUAUACCUUGCCUUGCCCAGGUGGAUGUCCCGACUCAUUCAUCAAGGAGACCCAUCAUUUCAGGGUGCUGGGUGUAGAGCAGUAUGGCAGAUAUCAGCGAUUUGGAGCAGAGGAAUGUUUGCUGCAAGAUGGCGGCAUACUCUGCCCUUCCCCUGGGUGUGGGGCGGGUCUGGUGCCGGACCCUGGAUCACGUAGAAUUGAGUGUGUCCAACAGGCUGGUCACGGAUGCGGGUUUGUUUUCUGUCGUGAGUGUCGCAAUGCUUACCACCACGGGGACUGCGUCAUGAUGGAGGCAGGACCCGUCAUGGAUGGGGGUGGGGCCACUUUCACCGUGAGGAGCCAGAAAGGGGCGGAGGCACAGUGGGAAUUGAAUCAAAGCCGAGAGACCAUCCAAAAGACGACCAAGCCGUGCCCAAAAUGCAAGGCACCUGUGGAGAAAAAUGGAGGAUGCAUGCACAUGGUGUGCACCGUUCAACAAUGCAAGUUUGAAUGGUGUUGGGUCUGCAGCAUCAAAUGGAACCCUCAGUGUAUGGCUGACCACUGGUUUGAUGUCAACUGAUCUUGGUCGGAUGACCUCUAUGGUAGACAUUAGUAUAUUGUUGUUUUUAGCUCACCUAAGUCGUGUUCCCACACUAGCCAUCUGUCAAACUAUUUUAAGACACAAGGCCAGUUGGAAAGCACAGUAGAAUUGCUCACAAGAAAGCCCGCCCUCUAGCUGCCAAAAUGUGUGAGUUAAUGUCACAGGUGAGGGAAUUUUAGUCAAGCUCUUUCUGACAGUGUGCCUUAACUUGGUUCAUAUUUGUUUGUACUCACUGAAGCAUUGGCAGAAUACUUGUCUCUUGUGGCUUGGUGCACCUGCCAUUUGAAGUUGAUCACACAUGACAACAUUUUAAGAGCUUGAUUGUGCGAUGAAUGAAAUAAUUCAACAAAUGUACAUUAACAGGAAAUUCACAAACUUGUUAUUUUGAAAAACACAAUUUGUAUAAACAAACAUGAAAGAAAUUAAACUUGUCAUAUGAUAAAGAACCAUCCAAGUAUUUGCUUUGUAAUCCUUUUUUGGUUAAACUAUGUAAACAAAAAGUAAAACAAAAAUGCCCAUAUUUAAAACACAGAAAUGAUCAAGUAGAAGCCAAACAGUGAAGAAAAACGAAACAGCAUUCCUCAGAGAUUCCAGCGACCUAUGUAAGUGAAACUGGGCCUAUUAUUGGCUCUCUGCCUCAUGCAGAAGGCACUACAAGCUAUGACACUGGUCAACAGAAGACAAAGAAAUACUUUUCCAACAAUACAAUUGAAUUCUUAAUAAUCAUUCUCCAUAGUAUUCAGCAGUGCUAAAUGUACAUAUCUUAAUUUGUACACUUGUAACACCCUUUACAGCUUUUGUACAUAAAUCCAUUAACGGUGUACCAUUUGUCUGAAUAAUCUUUUCAUUUUAAUAUACAAAACAAAAUUGAACACACCCAUAGUCCUGAAUUAAAUAAUAGAUAAAAAUAAUAUGCUAUGCCUUUAUAUGUCUAUACCUCUUGGUUGUACUUUUUUUCAAGAGUGAAUUAUAAUACUUCUGAAAACUGCAUUAGUAACCCUUAACUUGAUAGCAAAAGGAACAGAAGACCAUGCUGCCUUCUUUCUCAAACCAGAAAUCAGCAUAAUGUGACAAAAUACUUAGCACAUUUACUUACAAAAGGCAACAAAAUAUUAACUGUACAAUUUGAUAUAAUCGCUAUUCUAUGAUCUAUAAUUGCUAUUCUAUGAUCUAUAAUCGCUAUUCUAUGAUCUAUAAUCGCUAUUCUAUGAUCUAUAAUCGCUAUUCUAUGAUCUAUAAUCGCUAUUCUAUGAUCUAUAAUCGCUAUUCUAUUCAUCGCUUAUUCUAUGAAGAAUAAGUGAUGUUAUGAAAUAGAUUUGUGAUGCUGUGAAGUAAAUGCCCAAGACAGUUUAAUUUUCUAAAUUCAUUGAUUUCUUCUUAAAGUACACUGUUCACAGGACUUCCAGCAGAUAGAUCACUAACUGGCAGUACGAGUCAAUUGACAUGAAGUUCUUUUUGAACACGUCUCACCAAAUGUUCUGGUUACACGUAGUUACAGGAGUUGUAUAAAUACACAGAAAGGGUUUUCAUACAGAACCAUACAAAAAUAGAGGCAGUCAUUGCCUGAAUGCUGAAAUUUACCUUGAGGGAGGUGUCUCACAUUUUAUAUUCACAAAUAAUACGGAUUCUUUAAAACAAGAUAAGUAAGCUCACACAAGAAAUUAUAUACAUCCUACAAAUGUAAAGAGCAUUUCCUGGAUUUUUUAUUCUAGUUUACAGCUCUACUGUAAACAGCUUCAAAUUGUGGUGAAGGAAUUAACCACUUCCUGCCGGGGCGCCCGAUUUCAGGCACCGUGUGUUUAUGCGCGAGGCCAGGGUCUCCGAAAAUGGA